CUUGCACUUACCAUACCCUGGUGUUGCCUGGGAAACCCUGCAAUGGAAGGAGGACCUAGGUAUCUUGAUCCCAGCUCCGUGCUCACACUAUGUCACAAGCAUAGCCCAUGGUCCCCACAUUGGUACCUCUGUGGAUCCAUGUGAAAUCCUGUUAGGAGGCUGAGGGGCACGGAGAAGGGGCUCAGUUUCCCCACAUGGCAUUCCCUUUCCUCUUGAUUUGGGGAAUACCAAAGGCUAGGCACCUCCUGGGCUACUCUAACAGCUGGUGACAUAGGGACCCCAUGCCUGGGGUGGGGAACAGAAGACACAACAGACUGUGAUGAAAUAUGGACACACGUGCACGCACACACACACACACACACACACACACACACACACACCUCAGAAACCCAGAUAAACGUGUGCGGCACAUGCAUGGGCCCAUGUGUGCAUUCACAGCCACACCCACCCUGGACGGACAUGUGAGCAGGAGACAUCCUUGCAGGGGAAGGAGCAUGGGUUUUGAAAUAGACAAAAAGUCUAUUUCCUUGAAAAGUCUGUCUUCAAAAAGAACUCUAGUUUUUUUGGCUGUGACCUUGGUGUUUUAGGAACCUUGGCUAAAAGAUCAGGGUGGGGGGGUCCUCCAUUCUCAUUGCCAGGUCCCCCUAAUCUUUCAACAGGAGUGAAGAGAGAGUGUUGGGCUAAACUGAGAUGGCCUGCCCUGCGAGCUUAGCCCGCUUCUGCUGAGGCCCACCGGAGAGAGGUGGCCUCUUUCUCUCGCGGAGCCAUUUCAAAGCAGCAGGCACGCAAGGCUGCUCGUGACAGCACAGCGUGUGAACGUCACAGACCAGCUCGUGUGUUUGCACCUCCCCUCGUUGUGACCUGUACAAACCGUGUCCUCGCCUGAUGCAUCUCGCGUGUUGUGAGGAGUAAACAGAGUGACCUGUGGCCAGCACUUUGCACGUGGACAGCUUGGAACAAGCCCUUGGGAAGUGCUCACCGUCGCCCGGCCCGUGGCUGCGCCUGGGACGGUGUUUCCCCCAAGCCUGUUUAUCACGGCCAUUUGCCUCCAGAUGAGGGGGACGUUGCCACAUGUUAGCUAGGGCAGUUUACCAUCUAGGCUGUUUUCUAAUCUGUAAAAUUGGGAUAACGAUAGCACCUACUUCUCGGAGUUGCUUCAAGGACGGAUUACUUGUGCAAGAGAGUCGGGCCUGUCCCUCGGGACUGGAGCUGCCCACUGUGUUGCUGGAGAUGGAGCGGAGCCGGCGGGCCCAGGAACAGCUCCUGUGGGACUUGGAGCUGCUGACUGGGGCGGGGCUGGGCCUCUUCUGGCCCCCCCGGGCCCAGUUCUGCGGUCUGAGGGACCCGGCCCAGUGUGCAUGGAGCCAGCGCAGCAAGCCCCGUGGUAGGAUGGGUAGGGGCCCCGAGCAGCCGAACAGCUGGAGUUCCAGGCCAUGCCCAUUGCCUCAGGCUGGGGACUCCCUGAGCCAGAACCAUCAGCUUCCUGAGGGGGGGCUGGCGGUAGUCCCAUCAUCAGCCCUGGAUCUGGGUGAAGCUGGGAGUCACAGAGACCCAAGGCGGGCGAGCCCUGCUCUGCCUGCAGAGUCCACACCUGGUACGCGGACACCUUGGCCGGGCGGCCAGACUAGAGCUGGAGGAGGCUGCCUACAAGAGCUGAACCCCACCACCAGCUUUGGGGACCCAGGAAGUUCUGAGUUCAAGAACCUGGCCCAGAGGGCAGAGAGGAGACAAGCAGGACCCACAACCCAGAGGCCCUGUCAACAGCCAUCCGUGAAUGUAGGCGGUCGAAAGCUCACUCAGGGAGCCCCAAGGCUCUGGGGCCUGCCCUCCCGGGGCCUGCCAGAACCCCAGGUUCCCCUGGAGGGGCUGGGCUGGAGCCUGGGCCGGGAGAGAGCAGAACUUCAGAAACUGCUGAGGAUCGAGAUUCCUCAGAGGCAGAGAGAGGGGGACCCUCAGGAGCAGAAAGAAGAGAGCCCCCAGGGUCAGAGAGGGGAAGCCCCCCAGGGGGAGAGCAAAGAAGUUCCUUCCAGACACAGAGAGAAGACACACCAGGGUCAGAGUGCGGAGGCCACUCAGGCUCUGAGGGAGGAGGUCUCUGAGUAUCCCAGGUGUGAGGCUCCCCAGAGUGAGAGGAGAGAGUCUCCUCAAGGUCAAAGAGGAAAUAGCCCUAAGUGUCAGAGAACGGAGGUUCUCCAGGAGCCACAAGACCCGGAAAUGAAGACCUUUCAGACUUCCCCAGGCCCUAACGGGGAGGUGGCUGAGGGAGAGGUGCCUACACAACCCCCGGAGGAAGGCGGCUCCCUGGGAAUUUCUAGGGUUCUCUGUAGGUCCCUGGGAGAACAGAUGCCACAGCAAAGGGGUAGGGAGAGCCCUGGCUCCGGGGAAAGGGCCGCCCAGCGGCGAGAGUCAGCACCGGGCGCGGGAGAGCAGAGGGCCUCCGGGGAGUGGGUACGGACUCCCCUUCCACCCCCGAGGCCCCCGACCCGGCCGCUGCUCCCAAGCCCAGGGGCCGAGACGCUAGAGGCCCCAAGCACUGGGAGCUCGGGGCAGCAGGAGCGCCCCGCAGCUCCCCGGGGGCACCCAGGGCUGGUGCCCGACCCGCACGGGCUUCAGGACCGGGAAGAAAGCCCAGGCCCGGCGGAGCAGGUGCCGGGCGCCGGCGGGGAGCCGAGGGGCGACGCGGAGGCCCCCAAGGCCUCGAAGGCCGCGUGGCCCUGGCCCCCGGGCAGGGAGAAGGCGUCGGCGGGCGUGAGCGCGGUGCAGCAGGAGACCGCUCUGCAGCGGCUGCUGGAGCUGCACCGCGCGGCCAGGCGCCGGCGGCGGCAGGAUCGCGAGCAGCAGCGGCUCCGGGUCUUGGAAUGCCUCCGCAUCGCCAGGAACCGCCACUGCCGGGUGCACCCUCUGGGGCCCCCACCCAGCCCAGCUCAGCUCCAGCCACAGGAGGACGCGGCGGGGCAGCGGCGAGCCCUGCGGCAGCAGCUGCAACAAGUGCAUCGGGAGAGGACCCGGCGGCUGCGGGCCCUCGGGGCCAGGAACACCCAGAACUUCCAGCAGCUACUGUGGCCUCGCACUGAGGACACUUUGCCAGGAGAGGAGCCCUCGCCCUUCGCAGCCCCAUCUAGUCAUUGCUGAAUCCUCAAAGGGAUGAUUAAAGAGAUGAGGAUUAAAGAAAAAGCAAGUGCAGGUUAGAGGGAGUUUCAAGAAAGGCCCCCAACGCUGCCUCGGGGCCUGGGAGGGCCAGAAACACACACAGCAGUUCAGUCCCACUAGAAGGCGUGUUAUUUCGUCUUCCCUCCCCUAACUCCACUGCCCGGCCAAGGUCAGAGAGCCAGGUCCCGGGGGUCAAGCAGUGCGAAGGCCCCAUUCUUUCGGAAGAAUGAUUCGAUGCGGCACAUCUUACAGGAGACCAGUUCUUGCUUCACCGGGGGGCCUGGGAAAAAAUGUCAGAGGCCAGGAAUGAUGGGUCCUGGGAAAGGGAACUUGGCCAGAGCAUGGGAGCCCUGCCUUCCUAGCCCUAGGAAUCUGCCUGUAUUGUAUCCACUUUGUAUCCUUUGUGAAGGAAUAAAAAGUGCUUCUGAGGAAUGGGAGCUGUGGGCAAA